AUGGAUCGUCUCUAUGAGGAGGACCCUUACUACAGUGACACGAAGAGGGCAAAGAGGAAUGAUGGCUUCCACCUUAGGAAAGCUUGGGAUCGUUCUAUCGAAGAAGAGGUGGAAAGUUUAACAACGGAGGUUGAUGAGCACACCAAGAGGAUUCGAGACAUGGCAAACCAUGAGUUUCUGAUACGGUAA